GCGGCCCAAGAUGGCGGCGGCCGUAGGGUGGGCGGAGCGGAGGGCCCGUGGAGGAGAGGAGCCCCGGAGAGAGCGGGGGCCAGGCCGGGUUGGCACAGAGAGGAGCGAGAGGCGGAGGAUCGAUCUGCCGGAGGAAGAGAUCCCCCCUGGGGGCCAGGAGGAUGGCUUCACAGCGGAGCAUCUGGCUGCCGAGGCCAUGGCAGCGGACAUGGACCCCUGGCUGGUCUUCGAUGCCCGCAGCACCCCACCUUGCGAGCUGGACUCCUGGCUGGCCGCCUACCCUCCUUCCCGCGUCUCUCGCUACGGGGGGCCCAGCGCCCCCAAUCCCAAGCCUGUCGGCUGGAUCGCCGUCUACGGGCCUGAUUUCUCCCCUGGAGCUGGGGAUGUCCAGGGACUCCAGGGGGCUUGGGAAGCCCUGCAGGCCAGCGGGCGGCCCAUCACUCCUGCUAUCCUGCGGGAGCUGGCCCUCACACACGAGGUGCUGACCGGCAAAUGGCUAAUGCACCUGAGCCCUGGCUUCAAGCUGGACCACGCGUGGGCUGGCAUCGCCAGGGCCGUGGUGGAGGGGAAGCUGCAGGUGGCCAAAGUGAGCCCCCGGGCCCAGGAAGAGGAGCGUCAGGUCAUCUGUGUCUACACGGAGGACUUCACGGACCAGGAGGGAGUGCUGAAGGCUGAUGCUGCCAUCCGGGCAGCUGGGGUCAAGUGCCCACUGACCUACAAGCCGGAUGUCUACACCUACCUAGGAAUCUAUCGAGCUAACCGCUGGCACCUGUGCCCCACCCUCUACGAGAGCAGCUACCACCUGGAGAGCACCCCCCACUGCUCCCGAGUCUUGGACCGGCUCAACAACACAGCCCUGACUUAGCUGGGGUGGGUGCCCCUGUGCUGGGAGCUGAGACACCUGGGGGUGGGGAGGGCAGAGACAGUCAUUCUGGCUGGCCUUCCAGGGCUCUGGACUUUGGGGACUGGUCUCAGGCCUCAGGAAAGGGGAAGGGGUGCAGACGCGGCUCGCCCAAGCAUCCGGAAGGGAGAGGAGGCUGAGACGUGACGUCGUUCCCCACCCCCCCUUCCCUGGUAUUGGCCCAGUAAAUGGAGGGCGGAUGGGACCCUCUUCCUCAGAGCUUCUGUUACUUGCCCAGAGCCUCAGCUGGGCCCCCUCCCCCUGCUUAGAGCUGCUCCUUGCCCAUCCCUGGCCGGCACAGCACAGAAGAGUUGGUGGAGUGUUCCAUCCUGGGAGCUGUAGUCCUGACCGUGGACAGGGCCCUCCUAGUAGAGUGAGUGCCUGCUGCUCCCUGCUCUGACUUCAAUUCCCUAUACCGUUCUUUCCAUUGCUUCAUUAAAGCCCACCUUUGUUUUCACCCCGCCCCCCUCCUGGUCCUCUGGUUUACAGGCUUGGGUGGCUGCUGGUCAGGUCAGAGGAAUGGUGUUAGGCCUUCUGGGACGGAGGAGUUAAGGGCUAGCCCAGGACCAAAACCUGAGAAGCCGCAAGCCUGACCAUUCACCAAUGCUGCUGGCUCCUAUCACCUCCCAGAUCAGAUCGAUAAUACUCUAUCUGGCAUGAAAGCCCUUUACAACCUGGUCUCUUCCUCCUUCCCAGUCUUCUGACACUUUAUUCCUUCCCUCAAACCCCAUAAUCCAGGUAUGAUGGCCUGGCUGUUCUUGCACAGGUGAAACCGUCUCCCGACUCCAGGCCUUUGCACUGGCAGUGCCCCAUACCUGGAAUGCUCUUUCUUUUCACCUUUGCCUCCUGCCUUCCCUGGCACCCUCACUGCCUUCCUUCUCUUUACACUGUAUAUAUAUCUUGUGUCUAUGUAGUUAUUAACAUGUUGUCUCUUCCAUUAGAAUGUGAGCCCCUUGAGGGAAGGGACCCAAUUUUUUGCUUUUCUUUGUAUUCACA